UUUUAUAGUUUGUUUACUGCCUUGUAAUAUUUAAUUUGUUUUCUAUGAUUUACUGCCUUUGUUAUUCAUCAUGAAUUCGAGACAAACCAAUUAUUAUUCAUUAAAUAUAUUAGUAGAUUACAAUAUAUUACAUUGGUUUUUUAACAAUCAAUAAAGAUGAGUCAAUUUAUAUACAACAGCAACGAUGAGAUGAUUAAUUCAUUAAUAAAGAGAAAGUAUAUACACACAAUAAAUGUGGAAAAAGUGUUCAGAAGUGUCGACCGAGGAUUAUAUAUUACCGAUGAUGAUAAACUAAACGCCUAUAGAGACAUAAUUGUUGUGCAAAAUCAUUGCCAUCCUAGGCAAUCGUCAGCAUUUGUCGUUAAUUUGUCUGCACCGAGUGUUUAUGCUACUGCUUUAGAAUGUUUGGAUCUCCACAACGGUCAUACUUUUUUAAACAUUGGUUCUGGCUUAGGGUAUUUUAGUACUCUAGCCGGCCUUUCAUUGGGUGUUAAUGGAAUUAACCAUGGCAUUGAAAUUGAUAGUUCUUUGAUAGAUAUUGCUUAUCAAAAGUUGGAAGAAUUUAAACAAAAUUCUGCAGCAAUUGAUUAUUUUGAAUUUUGUGAACCAGUAUUCAUCGAAGGAAAUGCAUGUGAACUGUUGUCAGAGGGUUACUAUGAUAGAGUUUACUGUGGAGCUCAAGUACCACCAGCAAAAUCUUCAUUUAUGAAGGCUCUUAUUAAAAUAGGUGGUGUAUUAGUUAUGCCAAUGGAAGGGUUCCUCGUAAAAGUAAUAAGGAAAAGUGAAUUCUCAUGGAAUACAAUUGAAGUUUUGGAAGUACGGUUUGCAGAUCUUGUGCUAGAAAAAUGUAGUAGCAUGAAAGUUGCAAUGUUCCCUACUAUUGAACCAUUGAGUUUUCAAGAGUUGUGUAGAUCAAAUAUCCGUGCAUCCAUACGAGAUAGCUUGAUUGAAAGUCAUCCUAGCUUGCAAAUGCACACUAAAUGUAAACCAAAAAAAAGUUAUGAUCAAAAAGGAAAAUCAUUAGAAGCUGGAUGUUCUGAACAAAAUAAAACAUUGCCAGAGAAACCAGAAAUUGCAAAAAGAAUGAGAAUGAACACAUCAUCUUCUACUGUCACAAAUCUCUUAAACAGCCUAUCUACCAAUAGCUUAUAUAGCCAACAUUUUCGUAAGAUGUCCAUCUCAGAAAGUGAUUCAUCUGACUUUGAUGAUUCAGGUACUGUUGAACCAUUGGGUUUACAAGAGUUAUGCAGAUCAAUUAUUCAUGCAUCCAUAGGAGAUAGCUUAAAUAAAAGUCAUCCUGGCUUGCAAAUGCACACUAAAUCUAAACCAAAAAAAAGUUAUGAUCAAAAAAGAAAAUCAUUAGAAGCUGGUUGUUCUGAACAAAAUAAAACAUUGCCAGAGAAUUUAGAAACCACAAAAAAAAUGAGAAUGAACACAUUAUCUUCUACUGUCACAAAUCUCUUAAACAGCGAAUUUACCAAUAGCUCAUAUAGCAAACAUUUUCGUAGGAUGUCGAUCACCUCUAGUGAUUCAUCCGACUUUGAUGAUUCUGAUUCUGAUAGCUGUGAAUUAUCUGAUGAAAAUACUCAUAAUGGUGAUGAUAAAGGUUAUUGGUGGUUGCCUCAUAGAGACAUUUACUAUUACAGCAAUAACGUUAGUGAAGAAGCUAGAGAGUUGAUAUUAUACCGCUUUCUGGGUGAACGUAGAGAAAAUGAGUUGAGUAAACUUCUGAAAGUUAAAAUUGAUCAGUUACAAGUACCAGCAAAGCUUAAACUAUUUCUCAACUAUAACAAAGAAGAUUAA